CAACGCACUGCAUCCUGGAGAGAGCAGACCUGAUGCCAUGGAGGCUGAGGUGCCAACCUCUAUAGAAUGUGCAUAACCCCUGGCACAUCCAGCAUCAGUGGAUGGCUCCUCCAGUAGGGUCCAUGUCAGACCACGAGGACUUUGCGGCCCUAGUCGGCACCUGGAAUUCAUCUGACUUCAGCCUUUUUAACCCAGCCAGCGUGGUGGUCCCAGUAAUCUUCUCACUCAUCUUCCUGCUGGGCACGGUGGGCAACAGUCUCGUCCUUGCUGUUCUUUUAAGAAGUGGACAGAGGACUCACAACACCACCAACCUCUUCAUCCUCAACCUCAGCGUGGCAGAUGUCUCCUUCAUCAUCUUCUGCGUGCCCUUCCAGGCCACCAUCUACACCCUGGAAAACUGGGUCUUCGGAGCUUUCAUGUGCAAAGCUGUCCACUUCUUCAUCUACCUAACCAUGUAUGCCAGCAGCUUCACCCUGGCAGCAGUCUCCGUUGACAGAUACUUAGCCAUUCGUUAUCCUCUACGCUCCAGAGAACUGAGGACUCCGUGCAAUGCAGUUGCAACCCUGGCUAUUAUAUGGGGUCUCUCGGUGGUCUUUGCCGGACCGUAUCUCAGCUACUAUGACCUAAUGGAUUUUGAGACCAGUCACAUUUGCAUGCCAGGGUGGAAGGAAAGGACUAGGAAAAUUAUGGAUACUGGCACCUUCAUAGUAGGAUACGUCAUCCCUGUGCUCAUAGUCAGUCUAUCUUACACCAGGACCAUUAAAUAUCUGUGGACUGCAGUUGAUCCUCUGGAAGACAUGUCGGAGUCUAAGAAAGCUAAAAGAAAAGUGACUAAGAUGAUCAUCAUUGUCACCGUCCUCUUCUGCCUGUGCUGGCUCCCUCACCAUGUGGUGGUCAUGUGUUAUCUCUAUGGUGAUUUUCCAUUUAAUCAAGCCACCUAUGCCUUCCGACUGCUGUCUCAUUGCAUGGCCUACGCCAACUCUUGCCUCAACCCCAUCGUCUAUGCUUUAGUAUCGAAACACUUCCGUAAAGGUUUCCAGAAGGUCUUCAGCUGCCUCUUGAGGAAGAAGGGUCGGAAUAAAGUUCAUGUGGUGAACGCGGCCCAUGCCGAGCCUGGUUUUGAUGUAGCAUCGACGGAAGUGUCCCACGUCAAUGAAGACCAUGGAAAGAGGAACGUGAGACAGGCAGGUGGAAACCACUCUGAUUCCUCCAGACCACUGGCCACACCGUGAAGCGUAUUUAAAGAACAAAGUCAAAAAGAAGAAAAAUUAACAAACAUGGCCCACCAUAUUCUGGAAGGGGGCAAAAAGACCAACUUUGGCAUACGAUUGGUGGAAAAUAAAGGAACAUCUUCAUUGUUGAAUUCAGACUUAAUGCUGCUCGAAGAUGAUGUAAAGUUUCUGGGACAUUAUCUAGAAGCCAUUGGUGGCACCAGCCUCACUGAUAAUCAAAUGGCCACCAUAUUUUGGAAGUUGACUAGUAUAAGUUUUGGAGUUUGGUUCCUUGUAUCCACCAGAGGAGAUGCUAAGGGCCCAUAAUUCAAAGCUACAAAACAAGUACUGUGCACAUCCUUGUGACUCAAAGCAUACUGGGAAGUGAUUGGGGAUGUCUUCUCUUGAACUUUUUGGGCCCACAGAUGGAUCUUUUAGUACUCUUAUAGGUCAGUUGAGGCUAUAGAUGUUCUUGACCUACUCUUGUAGCUUUUAUGAAGUUUCUAGACUUCAUGGACAUCAUGGACCUCAGCCUAAAGAUUGAAGUGAAAUCCUCAUAGCAGUGAGAAUUAGAGUGGAACCAAUUAGAUCACGUUCUACAAGAUCUUCAAUAACUGAUUUGUAAGAUCUUUUGAUGGCCCAAAAUAGGGUUUUAUGAAGACAUUGGGGGUGGCAAUGAUUCCAUAAUCAGGUUAUGUACUAAUCUCUAAGAAUCUCUAACUGUAAGAGGUGACAAUGAGUUUUUAGGCAAACUACUCCAAGUGACUGUGUAGGCCAAAAGUUCACAGAAGAUGUGAUCACAGGUGACCUCUACACUAAAAAACUUUAUUGUACAAAGUAAUGUUUUUGCAUUGCAUCUAAGGAACCUGUUGCUAUGGCAAUGUCCAUCUCUUUAAUAUCUCAGGGUGGAGGAGGACGUUUUUAACCUUCCCCGGGGGGCAAUUUUAUGGAUGUGACUGUAAUACAUGUACAGUCCAGUCCUUGAAAAGGGCAAAGGCUGGAAACACGGGGGCCGAGCAGAGAGUGGACACUGAGAUCUGAGUACAAGAGACUGCGGACCUAUGCCCUUGAGAAUUACAGUGACAGAAACCUUAAAUGUCAGUGUGUACUGUACAAUGCCUCAUGUAUCCAAAGAGGAAAG